AAAAAGGCCAAGAAAACUCUGGCCGGGCCCCAGCUGCGGCUCACUCUGCUCCCCCGGGUCGGAGCCCACCUGGAGCUGCGCGCGGGCUUUCAGCGCGGAGCCCAGCGCAGAACCUCGCCCGCGCAGUCCCCCGCGCGCCCGGCGUCUCGGCGCUGAUUUCCAGGCCCCGGAGCCGCGCCAAGCGCUGCGAGCGGACCCGGGAAGAGCUGCGGCCCCCACACCCGCCGCUUCACCGGCUUGGCUCCCUCCGCCCCCCCGGGGGUCGCGCACCCACGAUGCCGCAGGGCCCCGGCUCCCUGCUGCUGAUCGUCCUCGCCUCGCACUGCUGCUUGGGCUCGGCGCGCGGGCUCUUCUUCGGCCAGUCCGACUUCCCCUACAAGCGCAGCAACUGCAAGCCCAUCCCGGCCAACCUGCAGCUGUGCCACGGCAUAGAGUACCAGAACAUGCGGCUGCCCAACCUGCUGGGCCACGAGACCAUGAAGGAGGUGCUGGAGCAGGCGGGCGCCUGGAUCCCGCUGGUCAUGAAGCAGUGCCACCCGGACACCAAGAAGUUCCUGUGCUCGCUCUUCGCUCCCGUCUGCCUCGACGACCUGGACGAGACCAUCCAGCCGUGCCACUCGCUCUGCGUGCAGGUGAAGGACCGCUGCGCUCCGGUCAUGUCCGCCUUCGGCUUCCCCUGGCCCGACAUGCUCGACUGCGACCGCUUCCCCCAGGACAACGACCUUUGCAUCCCCCUCGCUAGCAGCGACCACCUCCUGCCGGCUACAGAGGAAGCCCCAAAGGUAUGUGAAGCCUGCAAAACUAAAAACGAAGAUGACAACGACAUAAUGGAAACACUUUGUAAAAAUGAUUUUGCACUGAAGAUAAAAGUGAAGGAGAUCACCUACAUCAAUAGAGACACCAAAAUCAUCCUGGAGACCAAGAGCAAGACCAUUUACAAGCUGAACGGAGUGUCCGAGAAGGACCUGAAGAAGUCGGUGCUGUGGCUCAAAGACAGCCUGCAGUGCACGUGUGAGGAGAUGAACGACAUCAACGCGCCCUACCUGGUCAUGGGGCAGAAGCUGGGUGGGGAGCUGGUCAUCACCUCCGUGAAGCGGUGGCAGAAAGGGCAGCGCGAGUUCAAGCGCAUCUCCCGCAGCAUCCGCAAGCUGCAGUGCUAGUCCCAGGCUAGCCUCGCUGCGGACCGCUCCCAGGGCCCCGCCGACCCGCCCCGCUGCUCUGGGACGUCAGCGCGGUUUCCCCAGCACGCUCCCUCGGCUCCUCCGGCCUGGAGCGGCUUCCCCUGCCUUUUGCACGUUUGCACCCCAAGCAUUUCCUGACUUAUAAGGCCCCAGGAGGCCUCAGGAUCAGAUAGGUGUCUUCACAUAAAGGAAAAACCCACCCAAAUCUUGUAGAAAUACUCCAACUAAUAAAAUCGAAAGGAUUUUUAUGAAGUUUUUAAAAAGGUCACUUAAGAGCUAUUUCACGUAGGUGCAACUGUGACUCUGGCUUGAUUUUUCUGGUUUGGUUUGGGUCUGUUUCCACUGACGUUGCCGUAACGUGCAAACAGCUUCACUUUUCUGUGUGGCCUGAACUUUCCCUUUUCUGUUGUGGGUCCAAAACCCAGUUGAGAUAAAGCUGGCUGUUAUCUCAGCACCUCUCUCAGCUGCAGCCUGAAUCAGCACCUGAAUCGUGUAACAAGUCAUUUGUCAUUUAACAUCCCUGUUGGGAACUUAACAACUGUAGCAUGUAUUGCGUUUUGCAUUUCCAGGUAGAGCACUUCCAUUUAUAAAAGCCACAUUAACCUCCGUAGCAUGAGUUCUUCAAAUAAAAGGCAAAACAGACCAAUUUUAUGAUUGACCUGAGUACUUUAAACUUUGUUUAAAACACUUUUUUACUUAACUUUGCAGAUUAAACCAUUGUAGCUUACCUGUAAUAUACACAGUAGUUGACCCCAAAAAGUUGUAAAAAUAUUGCUUUAACCAACACUGUAAAUAUUUCGGAUAAACAUUAUAUUCUUGUAUAUAAACUUUACAUCCUGUUUUACCAA